AUCGCGACUCCGAGCGAUUGACGAUUCCAGAGGACCUUCGGCCCCCCUCUCUCUCUCUCUGAUUUCACCUGAUCUUCAAAUCCUACCUCGAAUCUCCUCCAUCUUCGUCGAUUCAACGUCUCAUCAUCGCGAAUUUGCAGGUCCCACUCUAGAAUUUGGCGUUGUUUUUGAGCCUCCGACGAUCACCGUACUCGCCUAGGGUUUCUGGCUGAAUCCCAUUCGAUUCGGCGCUUCGAAGAUGGAAGGCAACAAGGACGACGCGCUGAAGUGCCUGAAGAUCGGCAAAGAAGCCCUCGAGUCCGGCGAUUGCGCUCGCGCCCUAAAGUUCAUCGCCAAGGCUCGCCGUCUCGAUCCCAAUUUGCAGGUCGAUGAUCUGCUGUCGAAGAUCGAAGGGCAAUCCGAUUCGCAGUCGGAAUCGACCAACACCAGUGAAGGGCGGGUACCGGACCGAUCUGGCCCGUCGCAGUCGGAUCAGCAGAGGCCGUCGGUUCGGCACCGAGGCCCGUCGAGUGGUUCAUCCUCGGCGAGCGCGACGUACACCGAGGAGCAGAUUGCGAUGGUGAGGCAAAUUAAGAAGAAGAAGGACUUCUAUGAGAUAUUGGGGGUAGAGAGGAGCUGCACUGUGGAGGAUGUGAGGAAGGCCUAUAGGAAGCUUUCCCUGAAGGUUCAUCCUGAUAAGAAUAAAGCUCCCGGAGCCGAGGAGGCGUUCAAGGCGGUUUCCAAGGCCUUUCAGUGCUUGAGCGACGCGGAGAGCCGCAAGAAGUAUGAUGUUACCGGUUCGGAUGAGCCUGUUCACGUGGCUCGGGCGGCCAGGCGCGGCCCAGCGCAAGGGUUUAAUGGAUUUUACGAGGCAGAGUUCGAUGCUGAUGAGAUAUUUAGGAACUUCUUUUUCGGCGGCGGCGGCAUGCACCCUGCAACUACGCAGUAUAGAGGGUUUAGCUUUGGGACUGGAAUGGGGCCGAGACAAACAGAUAAUGCGUCUAGUGGAUUCAAUCUGAGGAUGUUGAUUCAGCUGCUUCCCGUCAUUUUGAUCCUGCUGUUGAACUUCUUGCCAUCUUCGGAGCCGAUUUACUCUUUAUCAAGGUCGUAUCCAUAUGAGUAUAAGUACACGACGCAGAAGGGUGUGAAUUACUAUGUUAAGUCCACCUCAAAGUUUGAUCAGGAUUAUCCCCCGGAUAGCUAUGAAAGAGCGAGGCUUGAGGUGAAGAUUGACAGGGAUUACAUCUCCAUCCUGGCACAGAAUUGUAGGGUUGAGAUGCAGAGGCGGCAAUGGGGAUUCGUAAAGGAGACGCCCCAUUGCGACAUGUUGCAAAAGUUCGAUGCAGCGGCUUGAUGAGCGUGGCAGACGAGAGUGUCCAAUGGAUACAUUUCUUCCAUUGUCUCUUGCGAGGAGAUGUUGGCUUUCAUGAGCAAGCCUAGGCGAUGGACCUCAAAAAGUAAUUUUUGUUAUGAACGCGGAACUGGACUUCCCUCUUACACCUUUAGCUAGUAAAUGCCCUGCAGCCCGGGGUUGAGACAUAUAAUAUGAACUUCUGCCAUAGGUUAUUUGUGUUUGUUUAACUACAAUGGUUUUGAAUGGUCAGUGCGACUCCGCCUGAGCGUUGCUGCAAUUGGUGUCGACAUUAUUUCCAAAUUUAGAUAUGAAGCGAUUGUUGUAAUGCUCUUAAUAUCAUCUGAGCUCCUUGCACAUAUGGUACGAUGAGGCUCUAGUCUCCAGCUAGCUGGCAGUAUGGCUGUUUAUGUGGAUGCAGUUGUUACUUUCUUGUGAAGAAGACUUGGCUUCAUACAAUAAAUUUCUGUGGUGGAAUGCCAUGGACUAUGCAGACGAUACUAUGAGUAUUUGUUUGCUUUCCUGUGAUAAACAUACAAUUUAGUGCGAAAAAAUCAUUAAUUUCAUCAUGUGUGAGUUGUUUGGA